AUGGAAUGUAUACUUGAAUUCAAUCCUCAACUAGCUGGUCAAGAUAUAACUCCAGCUAAUCUUGAAUUUGGAUCACUAUCAUCUCGACGUCGUGAUCGUCCAGAAAAAUCUCUAAGUGGUUUAUCGGGUCUUCAAGCUACUCAAUCUUCAUCUACUUCAGCACCUAACAGAUCAUCAUUUACAGAUGAACUAAGCUCGUCGACAAUUCACUUACAAACACUUGAUCCCUAUCAAUCAAGUGUAGAAUAUCGAUUACAAGAAUUAACCAAACGAUUAUCAACAUUGGAAACAAAAUUAAGUGAAGAUGUUUCUUUUGUACUUGCUAUUCUUCAACGUCAAUAUCCCACAAAUCAAUUAGUUUCUACUUCAUCUGCUGAAACAUUGAAAACCAAUAGCUGA